ACGUUUGCAAAGUGAUAUAGGAAUCACGGGGAACAUAUCGUCUUGAUUCCCAGAAUGACUCUAAAUUUGUGGACGUUAGUUUUCUGUGUUCUGAUGUACGGACCUGUGACGGAGGCCUGUCUUAGUGUCUGUAGCUGUUAUAGGAUUCCUUCAUGUAAUGGGACGUUUGUAAACUGUCAUAAUAAAGGGUUAAUUAAAGUACCUACCAACAUCCCCACAGAUACGUGCAACAUAGAUCUUGGAUCGAAUCAGAUAACCACACUUGGGGACAACGCCUUCUACGGUUUGUCAAACUUAACGCGACUGGGGUUACGUGACAACGAGAUAACCAAUAUUCAGACCAAUGCUUUCAAUGGUUUGCCAAAUUUACAGGACCUAGAUCUUCAACAGAAUCGGAUAAACACCUUAGGAGACAAUGCCUUCGACAGUUUGUCAAAUUUAGAUACACUAUGGUUAAAUUUCAACAAGAUAACCACUAUUCAGACCAAUACCUUUAAUGGUUUGCCAAAUUUACAGAAACUAUAUCUAAACGGAAACAUAAUCACUACGAUACCGCACAAUGCCUUCGCCAGCUUACACAAUUUAAAUCUCCUAUUGUUAGAUUCCAACAAGAUAAGCAUAAUUCAGAGCAAUGCCUUUCAUGGUUUAACAAAUUUGCAGGAACUGUACAUUGAUAAUAAUACCAUUACCAUAUUGGACAAAGAUAUUUUCCUGGGACUUUCAAAAUUGGAGAUUCUAGAUUUAAAUAAUAAUCCUCUGCACUGUGGUUGCAUCUUAGCCGAUUUUGUCAGGUUUUCCCAAUCAAGAAACUUGACGUUAGGAUUUUUAUCUGAACCGAAAUGUUCAACUCCCAGUAAAUUGAAGGGAGUAUUGUUGCAGGAUCUCUCCUCAGAGGACAUGAAUUGUGACGUCACUACAGCAACAGCACCAGUAAAGGAAACGACAGGUAAAAUGGUUAUUUUACUUAAGUAG